AAUUGAAUAUUAUUGGACCCACUAGACCAAUUCAAGAAGCCUACAAAUGAUCGAAUCGAAGGCCUCUUUCCCCAAAACUGCAUAAUUGAAAAUAAUUUGAGAGCAUCAAACAAUAAACCAUUAUCUGCAUAGACUAUGUCAGAAAUUACCAGCUUGAGGGUCCUGAACUUAGCCCAAAACAACCUACAGGGAGAAAUCCCCAGCAAGAUUGGUGGAAUGUUCAAUUUAGAGCAACUUGAUUUGAGUUACAACAAUAUAAUGGGUGAAAUCCCAGGAGAAAUUGGAGGGCUAGAGAGUUUGACCAUAUUAGACCUGAGUUGGAAUGGAAUUGAAUGGAAUGUGCCUAGUUCUCUUGGUCAGCUUCAUGUUUUACAAAAGAUUGACUUGAGCUCAAACAGGCUUGUGGGAAUGAUUCCACCAGAUGUAGGGAAGCUCAACAGGUUGGCCUUGCUUGAUUUGAGCCACAAUCUUCUUAAUGGGCCUAUCCCUGAAACACUCUCAGGUUUAGAGCAUUUGGAGUAUCUACUAGUUGAUCACAACCCUAUAAAUACAAGUAUACCUUUGUCUAUAGGGACGCUUAGGAAUCUCAAAUCACUGAGCUUCUCUGGGUGUGGACUUACAGGCCCAAUACCCAACUCUACAGCUACAUUGGAAAAUCUCACUGCUCUUGAUCUAGACAACAACAAUCUCACUGGGACAAUUCCUCCAAAUUUAGGGGCACUUCCAAAUCUUGAUCAGCUAAACUUAAGCUACAAUCAGCUAAGUGGGCAGGUACAACUCUCAGAGGAGUUCAUUGACAAGCUUGGGAAGAGGCUGGAUAUUAGAGGCAAUUCUGGGCUCUGCACAAGCAACCAGACGUACAAAAAGCAGAACAGUUCUACAUCUCUCGAAGCUCCUGUUUGUUUGAAUACAACAGGACCCAAAAAUGACAAAACGAUGUCUGAUAAACAACCAGAUGAUGAUGAGAGGAUGAAGCCAUCUUGGUAUCACGACAAGAUGAGUUCAAUUUCUCCCCUACAGAUGAAUCAAAAGCUCAUUUCACUUACUUUAGCUGCUAGUUUUUUGUUGUUUGUUUCAUGAUUUUCUUAACGUGGGACUGUAACUAAGUGUUAAUUCUAUAUGAGAGUCAAGCCAGUCACUAGUUUUUGUUUCAGUUUUUUUGCUGAAAUAGUUUUUGUUUCAGUUUAUAUUCACUAGUCAUUUUCUUUGCAUUUUUGAGAUAUGCAUAGAUAAGUUAAUGCAACGUACCGAUAGACAUUAAUCAAUGGUUGAAAAAUUGGGACCGCCUGCAAGUGAGAAAAAGCUAGGGACCAAAACCCCUUUUGAGGAUUUUUUGCUAUCUACCAAGAAACGCGAAUCUCAUAAAUCUCAAGUCUAAUCAACUAAUGUUGCCAUCUAUCAAUUGCAGCAGAGAAAAGUAGCAGAGAAAAGUAGAAGUGUCGGGUGUUAUCUUUAUGGAGCAUUCACCCUUCUCAAGUUAAAAGGAUAUGCUUCAGUACUUUUGUAGGAGAGAGAGAGAGAGAACCUCAAAAUCAUAUCAUAACAGUAGUGCACAAAUCAAGGGUUGUGUCAUAAUCCGAAUAUUACUUCUACC